AUGGCGGAAACUUCGUUGCCUCUCUUAUUUUUGUGCUUCCUUUUUCUCUUCAUUACCUGCUCUUCCAUCUUCUUACCCGUGUCAAGUUCCAAGACCCGGUUCAACUAUUCGUUAGAGGAGCCUCACCACCCUCUUGACCCACUAACAGCACCUGAAAUGAAGAGAGCCCGAGCCAUCCUCUCGGGUCAUGAUCCGGGUUUCGGGUCUGGCUCUGCCAUCAUUCACGCCAUGGCACUCGACGAGCCGGAUAAGCAACGUGUCGUCCGGUGGAAGAAAGGCGAUCCUAUCCCGCCUCGAAGAGCCGAAGUUCUCGCUAUGUCCAACGGCAAGAGCCGCGUGCUCACGGUUGAUCUGGACUCGGGUCGGGUCGUUUCCGAUUUGACCAGCCCCACUUCCGGGUACCCUGUUCUUACCAUGGAUGACAUCAUCGCUUCCUCGCAGGUUCCUUUCAAGAGCGUGGAGUUUAAUCGCUCAAUCGAAGCGCGUGGGGUUCCGUUCUCCGAUUUGAUAUGCAUAACACCAUUCGCCGGAUGGUUCGGACCGGACGAAGAAGGACGACGAGUCAUAAACAUCCAAUGUUUCUCGAGGCAAGACACAGUCAAUUUCUACAUGAGACCCAUCGAAGGACUUUAUCUAACAGUCGAUUUGGAUAAACUAGAGGUUAUCAGGAUUGUAGACAAAGGUCCGGUUCCCAUUCCCAGUUCUACCGGUACUGAAUACCGGUACGGAUUUUUGGAUAAACCGGUUCAUAUGGACCGCAUCAACUCAAUUUCGAUGGAUCAACCGGAUGGUCCAAGUUUCAAAGUCGAAGAUGGAUACUUGGUUAAAUGGGCGAACUGGGUUUUUCAUAUUAAACCGGACCAACGUGCCGGUUUGAUCAUCUCACAUGCUACCAUACGUGAUUCUGAAACAGGUGAAGCAAGAAGUGUGAUGUACAAAGGUUUUGUGUCAGAGUUGUUCGUCCCGUACAUGGACCCCGACGAAGGUUGGUACUCGAAAGCAUACAUGGAUGCUGGAGAGUUUGGUCUAGGACCUUCUUCAAUGCCACUUGUGCCGCUUAACGACUGUCCUCGAAACGCUUAUUACAUUGACGGUCUCUUCGCCUCUCCUCAAGGCAAUCCCAUCUUGCAACCUAACAUGAUCUGCUUGUUUGAACGUUACGCCGGAGACAUUAGCUGGCGACACUCGGAGAUUCUUCUCCCUGGUACAAAUAUCAGGGAGUCGAGACCAAAGGUGACACUAGUAGCUAGAAUGGCGAGUUCGGUUGGGAACUAUGAUUAUAUUUUUGAUUGGGAGUUUCAAAUGGAUGGUUUGAUUCGUGUUACGGUUGCAGCCUCUGGGAUGUUGAUGGUGAAAGGGACACCUUACGAGAAUGUACAAGACUUGGGUGAUAAAGAAGAUGAUUCUGGACCGUUGAUCUCAGAAAACGUUAUAGGAGUUGUCCACGACCAUUUCGUAUCGUUUCAUCUAGACAUGGACAUCGACGGUUCGGAAAAUAACUCUUUCGUUAAAGUGCAUCUAGAGAAGCAGAGACUGAGAGAAUCAAAGAGAAAGAGUUACUUGAAAGUCAAGAAAUAUGUAGCCAAGACUGAGAAAGAUGCACAGAUCAAGCUGAACUUGUAUGACCCUUACGAGUUUCAUCUUGUGAACACAAACCGGUCGUCUCGGUUAGGUAAUCAGGCCGGUUACAAGCUGGUACCUGGUGGUAACGCUGCGAGUUUGCUCGAUCUUGAUGAUCCACCGCAAAUUAGAGGCGCUUUCACAAACAAUCAGAUAUGGGUGACUCGGUAUAAUCGGUCAGAGCAAUGGGCCGGAGGGCUUUUGAUGUACCAGAGCCGUGGUGAAGACACGCUACAAGUAUGGUCGGACCGAGAUCGUGCGAUUGAGAACAGGGACAUAGUCCUGUGGUAUACACUUGGUUUCCAUCACAUACCGUGCCAAGAAGACUUUCCGGUUAUGCCGACGGUAGCAGCUAGCUUCGAACUUAAACCGGUUAAUUUCUUCGAAUCAAACCCGGUUCUUGGGAUCCCGCCUUUCCUUAAGAAAGACUUACCAGUCUGUUGA